AUGUCCACGCAACCAACGCCGACUUCCCAGACGGAGAGAGAGGAACUAGACGGUCCUCUUGGAAUGAGGGUGAAUGAGAUGAGCCAGGAAUAUGACCUCGAAUUUCCUAUUCCGCUAUUCGAGUGCCCAUCCUACAGCCCCGAAACGGGAUGGCUGAUAGUUGACCUAGUAGCGUGCGCUGCAUCUCCGCUGGGUCACUCUGUCACUCGAACAUUCCAAGCCCGGGAGCUCAUCAACAAUGAUAUUUCCGUGGGAUUGCCUGAGUUGCGAACGCAGUCAUUCUUCACCGAAGUGCAGAAGCUCUUGAUAUUUACUGAAAACAUGGGUCUUUACGAAUCGGUCUGGAAUGAUGAGGUUCUGAACAAGCGCGCGGUCGACGUUCAGAAUGCCGAGAUCUUGGUUUUGAUGGAUGAUGCAACCAUUUGGGAUGGCAAGCAGAUCCUCGAAGCUGGAAAAGUCAUUGAACUCUUCGAAAGGGCCACCGAUAUGGGACUCGAAAAGCUGACCUUCUACGUCGAAUGGUACAAUUCCUCGCUCUCACAAGACAUCUCACUGGCGAGAGAACAGUUUCGUCAGGAGGCUCGCAGGACCGCGUCUAGAAAAAGAUUGAGGACAAAAAGCCUUGUCCAUAUGUCAACAUCAGCCGCUUCAGAAUUACUGCGGCGGGGCGAACACGCGAUUUCCAACCUCUUCGGACGAUCGAACCUUAUGAUUUCGUCAAAGGGACCGCUAGAGGGUGACCGUCCGAGACCGUUAGAAAAACAGACAACACAAUCGUCAUCUUGA